UUUAAGAGCCAGGACUUUUCAUCCAUCCUCAACAGCCUUCAUUUUAUGAACCGGUAGUGCCAUUGGACUAUGAAGACUUCAUGAUGGCACAUUUCAGCCUUACAGAUUCUGAGCUCCAGCAGGACUUGGGGGACUUCCCGGAUGAUGACCUGGAGAUUACUUUUGUUCCCAGAGAAUGUCAUACGCUACAGCCUUCCAUGCCAGAAGAAGGGGUUGAUCUAGAUCCACAUGUCCGAGACUGUGUUCAAACUUACACUCAGGAAUGGCUCAUCGUGAACAGAAAGAACCAAGGUAGCAGUGGAACUUUGAACUCAAGCAGACCUGGAUCAAGGAAAGAUCUGCACAAAACUCUCCAGAAGCAAAUCUUCGAAUCGGAGGAAACUGUUGAUUUGUCCAGUCAAGAAAUCAAGGACAAAUCCAGACCAACUCUAUGUGGGCAACCUGGGCAGGGAACAUUGACGUCAACCGACUUUGACCUCCAGAGUCUGCAGCCGGAGCCCCGCCUCCAAAAUGUCCUUCAGACCCUCAACCCUGAGGAGCUCGACAAACAAAACGAAGAGGCACGAAAAGCCGACAGACAAAUGGAACUGUUUGCUCUCUUUCCAUCAGCAGAGGAGGAGGAUGCUGUGGAAAUCCGUCCUGCUCCUGAUUGUCCGAAGGAACACUUGGGUUACAGGAUCCUUGUGAAAUGCCAAACCAUAAAGUUUGAAAUUGAAGUGGAGCCAAUGUUCGCCAGUUUAGCCCUGUAUGACUUAAAAGAGAAGAAAAAGAUUUCAGAAAACUUUUACUGUGAUUUGAACACUGACCAGAUAAAAGCAUUUCUUCGUCCACACACACCUCAAAUCAAGACAUCCAGUCUGGCCAGAUCAGCUAUCUUCUCCGUAACCUAUCCCUCACCAGACAUUUAUCUGGUCAUCAAGAUUGAAAAAGUCCUUCAGCAGGGAGACAUUGGAGAAUGUGCUGAACCGUAUCUUGUGAUGAAAGAGAGUGAUUCUGCAAAGAACAAGGAUAAAAUUGAGAAGCUGAAAAGUCAGGCUGAGUCAUUCUGCCAACGCCUGGGGAAGUACCGCAUGCCCUUUGCCUGGGCUAACAUAAACCUGAUGAAUCUGGUCUCUACAGCAACGGUUGACCGGGAUUCACCAGAGGUUGAGAACAACAAUGGUAAAGGGAAUUUAGGAGAUCGAAAAUAUCUCUUGCAAGCGAGACGACUUUCUGAGAGGUCAGGAGGUACAGAGGACCAGUGCAAUCUGCCCUAUUUCAAAACAACCCCCUAUACCGUCAACACCUUCUAUAAGCAGGAAGGUGAGAAGCUAAGCGACGAAGAUUUGCUGAAGUUUUUGGCUGAACUGAAGAGAUCUAGUGCUUCACUGAGACGGCUGCGAUUGAUAUCAGGUCAAGUAAAGCUGGAAAUCUCUCCGGCUCCAGAGAACCCUACAUUCUGCCUUACACCUGAACUGUUACCCGUCAACCAGCAACCUGAAAACCGUAGCCGAGUAAUAAAAGAAAUCCUGGAGUUCCCCUCUCGAGAAGUCUACGUUCCUCACACCUCCUACAGAAAUCUUCUAUACGUCUAUCCACAAAGACUGAAUUUUGCAAACCGACUGGCGUCAGCGAGAAACAUCACCAUCCGAAUCCAGUUCAUGGCAGGGGAGGAGGCAGCCAGUGCCAUGCCGGUUAUCUUUGGAAAGUCAAGCGGUCCAGAGUUUGUUUCUGAGAUAUAUACUGCCAUAACUUACCAUAACAAGUCCCCCGAUUUUUACGAGGAAGUAAAAAUUAAGCUUCCUGCCAAGCUCAGGGAGAGGCAUCAUUUACUGUUUACAUUCUACCAUAUCAGCUGCCAACAGAAACAGAACCAAGGGGCCUCGGCAGAGAGUCUCAUUGGCUACUCGUGGCUGCCAAUUCUCAUGAGUGAGCGUCUUCACACGGGUCUCUACUGUCUGCCAGUAGCUUUGGACAAGCUUCCUAACAAAUAUUCAAUGCAUUCUCCAGAGAAAAUUCCUAAUCAAUUACCAAUAAAAUGGGUGGAUGGCCACAAGGGUGUUUUCAACGUUGAAGUGCAAGCUGUUUCCUCUGUACAUACCCAGGACAACCACCUGGACAAGUUCUUUGCUUUGUGCCACACUCUGGAAGGCCAUGUCGCGUUUCCCAUCCGUAUUCUGGACCAGAAGAUAACAGAGAGUAACCUGGAGCACGAGUUGAAGUUGAGCAUAAUCUCACUGCCAUCAGCGCGGCUGGAGCCGCUGGUGCUCUUCUUACAUCAGGUUCUGGACAAGCUUUUCCAGCUGAUGGUGCAGCCCAUGGUCAUUGCAGGCCAGACAGCCAAUCUUGCCCAAUUCACAUUCGAGUCUGUGGUAUCGAUCGUGAUCAGCCUUCAUAACAGUCCAGAUCUCAGCAAAGAUCAGCAUGGACGCAACUGCCUACUGGCGUCUUAUGUAUACUAUGUGUUCCGCUUGCCGGAUACUCUGAACGACUUGGCUAAUGCAGUUCCGGUCACUACUCCUGUCUGCAUGGAGAGUCGCUACUACACCGUAGGACGUUCUACUGCUGCCCUGGUGGGAUCCAAACUGUUGCAGUCUCGCCUCAUGAGCAACAGUAACCCUGACAUUGCAGGUGCUCAGGCCUCACCAGAUGAAGAGGUUAAAAAUAUAAUGUCUUCAAAGGGAAUGGAUCGAAGUGGUGUUCGGAUGUCUUCCUAUGUAGAAGUGAACAGCUACUUCCAGAACGCUUGCGCUGUUGGACGAUCGUCAAACAGAAAGCUUUUUCACGAAGAGCUGGCACUGCAGAUGGUUGUCAGCACAGGCAUGGUGAGAGAAAAUGUCUUCAAGUACGCCUGGUUCUUCUUUGAACUUUUGGUUAAAAGCAUGGCCCAGUACAUCUGUCAGAUGGACAAGCAAGAUUCUCCACGCAAGGCACGCUUCCCAGAUCGCUUCAAGGAUGACAUUGCCACUAUUGUGAACGUGGUUACUGCAGAGAUUGCGACUAUUCUUGUUAAACAGCAAAAGGAAGCAGAACAAGCAGAGAAGAUCAACAUAAGUUUGUCCUUUUUCCUGUAUGAUCUCCUUUCUCUCAUGGACCGAGGCUUUGUGUUCAACCUCAUCAGACAUUACUGCUCCCAGCUGUCAUCCAAGCUACAGUCGUUACCCACCCUUAUCUCUACACGCCUGGAGUUCCUGAGGAUUCUCUGCAGCCACGAGCACUACCUAAGCUUGAACCUUUUCUUUGCCACCAGUCUGUCUGCUCCAGGGUCUCCGUGUCCCUCCAUAUCAUCACAGAAUUCAAGUUCAUGUUCCAGCAUCCACGACCAAAGGAUAGCCAACAUGUUUGACCUUUCACUUGAAUAUCGCCAGCAGCACUUCCUGACUGGGCUUCUCUUCAUUGAGCUGGCAGCAGCCCUGGAUGCUGAAGUAGAGGGGAUAGCUAAGGUACAGAAGAAGGCUGUCAAUGCAAUACUCAGUCUACUUUGUUCACAUGAUCUGGACGUUCGCUACUCAAAACCUGACAUGAAAACGAAACUAGCUGCCUUGUACCUGCCUCUGAUAAAGAUUACAACAGAUGCCCUGCCCCAGCUCUAUGACUUCACAGAUGCUCGAACUAGGAAGGGACGUCCCAUGAGCUCAGAGGGUGAUGGGGAUAACGUCAACAUAAUCAGCCCGCAGACUGCCAUGUCUAUUGCUGGAAGCUCGAUGAACACAAUGCUGAGAGCCACUAUGACGAACUUUUCGCCUCUGCCGAGUAAACAAAUCAGUCCAUUGACUUCUGAGACUAGUAGGACAAUGCUCAUUUGUUUCUUGUGGAUACUGAAGAACGUCGAUGAAAGUCUGAUUAACAAGUGGUUGUCAGAUCUCACCGUGUCCCAGAUCAACAAGAUCUUAGACCUGCUGCACCUCUGCGUCUCCUGCUUUGAUUACAAGGGCAAAUCGGCCUCUGAUAAGGUCAGCACACAGGCCCGCCAGAAAUCCAGAGACACCAAGGCCCUUCUGGAGGAAGCGCUGCUGAGAAACGCAGGAGCUCGAGGGGAAAUGAUAAGACGCCUCCGUGGCCCAGGGAAUGACAGGACCAUCGGAGUGAAUGAAAACCUGCGAUGGAGAAAAGAUCAGACCCAGUGGCGACAGGGCAAUGAACGGUUAGAGAAAUCCAAAGCAGACCUAGAUCAGGAAGCGCUCAUCUGUGGGAAUCUGGUUACAGAAGCUAAUCUGAUCGUUUUGGAUACCUUGGAAACAAUCACGCAGGCGAUUUCUGUGUCUGACAGUAAGGACAGUGUCCUCGGAAAUGUACUCAGAGUUCUUCUUCACAGCCUUGGUUGUAACCAGAGCUCCUGCUACCUGAUGCAUUGCUUCAACACCCUGAGGGGUCUUCUGGCAAAGUAUGCAGACCUGCUGUUCGAGGAGGAGGCAGAACAAUGUUCUGAGAUGUGUCAGAGGGUCCUACACCACUGCAGCAGCAGCCUUGAAAGCACCCGGACCCAGGCCUGCGCCACUCUCUACCUUAUCAUGAGGCACAGCUUCAGUACAAUCAGCAACUUUGCCCGAGUAAAAAUGCAAGUAACAAUGUCCUUGGCCUCACUGGUGGGUAAAUCCUCCGAUUUCAAUGAAGAAUACUUGAGGCGAUCCUUACGAACAAUCCUGGCCUAUGCAGAGGAGGAUGAGGAUAUGCAGCCGACAAUGUUUCCUAUUCAGGUGGAGGAGCUGUUGCGUAACCUGAACAGCAUCUUGUCGGACACAGUGAAGAUGAGGGAGUUCCAGGAGGAUCCCGAAAUGCUCAUGGACCUGAUGUACAGGCUUGCCAAAGGGUAUCAGACAUCACCCGACUUGCGUCUGACCUGGCUCCAAAACAUGGCUGAUAAACACUCAAAGCGCCAGUGCUACACAGAAGCUGCGACCUGCUUGGUGCAUAUUGCUGCUCUGGUAGCAGAAUACCUGAGCAUGCUGGAGGAUCAGAAGUAUCUUCCAGUGGGCAGUGUCAGCUUUCAGAAUAUAUCCCCCAAUGUGCUGGAGGAAUCUGCUGUUUCAGAUGACAUUUUGUCCCCUGAUGAAGACGGAACUUGCAGUGAGACAUACUUUAGUGAAAAUGGUCUCGUUGGUUUCCUUGAGCAAGCUGCAGAGCUCUUUAACAUGGGUCAAAUGUAUGAAACUGUGAAUGAGGUUUACAAAGUCAUCAUCCCGAUCCAGGAAGCUCAUAGGGAUGUCAAGAAAUUGUCCUAUAUCCAUGAGAAACUGAAAAAAGCUUUUGAAAAUAUAACAGCAAAGGGUCAAAAACGAAUGUUUGGUACAUACUUUCGGGUUGCUUUCUAUGGAGCAAAAUUUGGAGAUUUGGAUGAACAGGAAUACAUCUACAAGGAGCCUGCUAUCACCAAGCUGCCGGAAAUUUCCCAUCGACUUGAGACAUUUUAUGGGCAGUGUUUUGGUGAGGAUGCUGUGGAAGUGAUUAAGGAUUCCAAUCCCGUGGAAAAGAAGAACUUGGAUCCUAACAAGGCCUACAUACAAAUAACAUUUGUUGAGCCGUUCUUUGACGACUACGAAACGAAAGACAGAGUUACCUAUUUUGAAAAGAACUUCAACCUCCGGCGCUUCAUGUACACCACUCCGUUCACAAAGGACGGCCGGCCCCGAGGAGACCUCAGUGAGCAGUACAAGAGGAAGACCGUCUUGACCACCCUACAUGCUUUUCCAUACAUUAAGACUAGAAUCAAUGUCAUUCAGAAGGAAGAGUUUAUUCUGACUCCCAUCGAAGUAGCCAUCGAGGAUAUGCAGAAGAAAACCCAGGAGCUGGCAAAUGCAUUAUACCAACAUCCCCCAGAUCCCAAAAUGCUUCAGAUGGUCCUACAAGGCUCUGUGGGAACGACUGUAAAUCAGGGUCCUUUAGAGGUAGCUCAAGUGUUCUUGGCUGACAUUCCAGAGGAUUCAAAACUCUUCAGGCAUCACAAUAAACUGAGGUUAUGCUUCAAAGAAUUCAUCAUGCGAUGUGGACAAGCUCUGGAGAAGAACAAAAGUCUGAUCGCCUCCGACCAGAAAGAGUACCAGCAGGAACUGAAGAAGAAUUACAACAAACUAAAGGAGAACCUGAGGCCAAUGAUUGAAAGGAAGAUCCCGGACCUAUACAAACCAGUCAUAAAAAUCCACCGUGAGACUAAGGCAUCCAUUCACAGAUCAAGUUUUAGGAGGCAUGAGACACAGUCAUCAAACCCACAGAACAGCUGAUGGACCCUGUCUGCUUGAGACACUAGGAUCCCUUUCUCGUGGUUCAUUUGGAGCUUUGAAAGCUGCCACUGCAAGCGGAUGAAAAAGAUAACUUUACUCAGUCAACAAGGAAGCACUUUUAUUUAAGAUGUAAAUGGGCGACUUUACUGGUGUCAAAUUCUUCAUGUGCAGAGAGUGGACCCUUUUGGAUCUUGGACAAUUUUAAGCUGUUGCUUGUCUCGAAACUCAGAAGACUUGUUGGUUCUGCCCGAUAAUGCUGCCUACAAGGUGACUGCGCUGUUCAAUGCAAGUUUUGUUCCUAAUAUUAUUCCUUUGCCAUCAUUAAAAGAUCCACUUAAUGAUGUUUACAUGGACUGGUACUGUACAUGCUGGAUACUGAAACCCAAAGUGUAGAUAGAUUGAUAUCACACGGUUUGCUCUCUCUGCCUUAUCUGUACAUAAGCCAUCACUUAUUUUUUGUGGGUCUGAUCUGAUUUUAAGCGAUGUUGAAGAAAAACUUUUUUACUCUUUGUAAUCUUCCUUGCAGCUUUUAGUGUGCAGUCAAACCCUGGCAAUGUUUAACCUAAUUAUUCAGUGUAUAGUACAUAAGUUCAACAGGAAUUCCUUCCAGAACAGCAAAAACCUGGAGCCAGGUUUGCAAAUCUGUUUUUAAUUUCUGCUCUGCCAAAAAGGUUUCCCAGCUGUUUGUUGCCCUAUCUGCUUUUUAAAGAUCCUAGAGGAUUUUUUUAAAAAAAACGAUACUCAUUAUUUUUGUGGAGUCCUGUAGCGUAUUGGUUUGAGCACGUGCUUAGCAAGUGAGAGGACCCAGGUUUGAUUCCCGGGCAGAGUAAAUCCCUAGGCAAGUUUCCUUACUCCACACAGCUCUGUUUACCUAGCAGUAAGUAGGAACCUGGUUGUUAUUCGAUUGGCAGAUCACUUUCUGGGCUAAUAAACCCUUCAAAAAUAAAUAAAUUAAUAAUAAUUUGGUCACUUCAAUCCACGAGUGUUUGUGGGACACUGCCAUGUGCAAUUGGCCUCCACGUUUCGCCCAUAAAUUAUAUAGUCAAUUGACUUUACGUUAUAUUCUAUGAAGUCCUUUGAGAUGUCUCAACAGCGUGAAAGCGCAAUAUCAAAUGCAAAGAUUAUUAUAUAUUAUUGAGGAGCUGGUGUGAAUAAUAAAGACUUUUAAAAGAAUUGUUUUGCACAUUCGGUAAAAUAAUACCAAUGGAGAUGAGACCUAACUUUAUAAGUCCAAAAACUGAAUAUCAGUUAAGAAGUAAAGAGCAAAACAGACCACUGAAUAUUUGUAUGUGAUUAAUUAUUAUAUGCCUUUCAGAAGAUGAUACACAGCUCAAACCCUAUUGCUUCUCCCAAUUUCUAUGUGUGGAACAUGACAAGUGCUUGUUAAUAAAAUACCAAGUUUGUAAACCA